AUGUCGAUGCUGUGCCUCAAGUUGAGUUUGGUGUCGCCGGUGUUUUUCACCGAGCGCGUUCAGUUCGUCUUGGGGGACCUGGAGGCCGUCGGCAGAACAUCUGCGUGGGUGUCGCCCGACAACCGGCGUGCCGAGAGGGGGAUCAAGACGGAUCGCGCGGUGGCCCCGAAAUCGGUUUAUACGUUCGUGCCACCCAACCGUGCGGACCUCUUGGGGGCGUUGGAGAAGAAAGGCGGGGGUAUCAACCUGGUCCACGAGAUGCCGGCCGAGGACCUCAAGAAGCUACACAAGGUCGUCUUCGGCACCUUGAGCGCGAGCGGGCUAUCGAGGAAAGAGGACUACAUCGCAAAGUUUCGCGCGCUGUUCCAUGACGGCGACUGCUCCAAGCAGUUCCUUGGCGGUCGAGGGGGGGUGGCGACCGCAGGCAUGGUGUGCGUCUUCACCCCGGCAGGCGUUGUGGUGGCGUGGAAGGUGCUGCCCACAGCCGAAAGUCCAAACAACGUAGUUGACUUCAUGAGGUGGAUGAGGUGGAUGAAGGUGAAACCGUACCUCCUGUCGUACGACGCCGCGUGCAAGUUGGUGAAGGGGCUUGAGAAGUAUUGCCCUGCGCUCCUGGAGGAUAAGACCGGGGUGCUGCAGCGGGACGGCGAAGGGAAUGUGGUGUUCCCCGAGCUGGCACACGUGGGGAACAACCGCAACAGUGCCACGCGGGAAACAGCGGCUCGCACGUUUCAAGAUCUCCAGAGGACCACCGACCGCGAGGACAUGAACGCCGUCAUCGAGACGGCGGGCCCGUGGCCUGGCCUCCAAAGCGAGGUUGACCCCGACGAAGCGCUGCUUUGGGCCGCGAACUUUUCCAAGGUUGUCGGAGGGCGAAGCAAGCUAACAGCGACGAGAGCGCUUGAUGCCCUGCACCGAGAUGGGGUGUGUGAGCUGUCCCUCUUCGAAGUGCUCGUCUUCACCUACUACUGGCACCGAAAAGCAGCAGGUGACACAGCGGGAGGGGCAGCGGGAGGGGCAGUGGGAGGGGCUGCGGGAGGGGCUGCGGGAGAAGCUGCGGGAUGGGUUGCGCGCGCGCCUUUGGAGGGCGACGAGGGCGGAGGCUUCACCCACGCUGAUGCAGCGGGUUUCCUACUGCGGGUGCUCGUGGGGUUAUCGGGAUCAAGGCAAGCGAGCAAGGUGUCCGCGUUGCCAUCGUGGCUCCAUGCCACCUGUAUCCCUGAGGGGGAACUGGCGACGGGAUUGCGUAGAUACGCCAAGGCCAAGGUGGACUUCAUCGUGGAUUGCCUCAAAGCUUUGACCGCAGAAGCGAAAGAGAGAGAGCAGGUGCGCCGAUGUGGUGAUGUCGGUGGUGAAGGUGCUAGCGGGCGGGAGGUAUUCAUUUGCUGCCCAGCACCGCUCACCUUUGUACAAUAG